AUGCCGGCCACAUCGUAUACUCCUGGUGAACUCCUCAUCCUGCGUAGCUUCCUCCCGGAGUGGAAGGCAGGUGACUCAAAUGACCGUAAAGAUGUCCGCUCGCGUGCCGUCGAGAAGUUGGAGGCCCACCGGGGAAAGCCGUUGAAGAAGGAGGGAAAAAAGGCUGUUCGGGCUUGGUUUUACAAUGCCGCACCUGUUAAGAACAAGAAACGGAAAGACCGUCCUGCUGUGUUCGGCCGGCGGCUCAACUGGCACCGUGUGGUAGCUUGGCACAUGCCCGCGGAGUUGGAUGAGAAGAUGGCUGUGACUGGGGUCACCCACGGAGACAAGGACUUUCUCGCGACUUAUCAAAAGGAGCUGCGCAAUCUGGCCAACAGUCUGCCCCGGGCGAAACAGCGGGAGUACAAGCAGGAGGCCGUCCGAUGGAACUCGGAAGGUCAACCUCAUGAAUUGCAGGACCGGAACAUCGUUCGGAAGAGCAAAGCGGUCAUGUUAGACUUCGCAAAUUACGUCUGGAGGAACUUCGGCAUGCGUGUGUUCGUCCACGCCGUUUACAAAUCCCUGGAAGGGAAACCGUGUUUAAUCGACUUUGAUUGCAACGACCUUGUCGACCCCAACGCCCAGCGUGCAGCGGGUCGGGUGAAAUUCAAGGACAUGUACCCCGACUACAAACGUGCGGACGGGUUCCGAGAUCUAUUCAAGGACUAUGGGCACAAAUUGUUCGCGGGCGAGGACUUAUCGGAGGAGAGUGAUGCGGAUGUCAGGGCGAGUAAGCGGGGUGUGCCGAAGAUUGACUGGGAGAUGUACGAUGACAACACCCCCUGUAUGCCCCACCACGGCGCCGAGUGCUUCAAAAAUCUACGGAACAAGAAGGCUUUUAUUUCUGACUUCGUCCGGCUUCAUUACGUGGCCUAUACAAAUAUGCCGAAGUUGAAAGUCCCCUGGGUCGCUCUCCAGGCGACUCCGGAGAAGCUUCUCGAGGCCGGGUCGCUUCCUGACGGUGUCACCCUCCAAGAACCGUCGCAUCUGAAACAGGCGGAGGUUGACUCUCUUAUCGCACACUGGCGUACAAGGGCUAAUUCCUCACGGCUUGCCUUUGUGAUGCGUUUCAUUGCCUACCGAAACCAUCAAAGCGAAAUCGUGUCUCUGGAGCAUGAGGAGCCGAGGACUGCUUCCCGCCGCGCUGCCCGGAGCGCACGCCGCGCCCGUGCUAGCGUGACUCCGGCGAAAGACAGUGAUGCUUCCGACGGUGAUGAUGAGCGGGACAAUCAACCCGGACACCAGUCGGAUGAGGCACACAGUGAAGAGGAUAUCGCCAACCAGCAUGAUUCAUCUGACAAGGAAUCGUCCUCUUCUUCGUCGACGUGCCAAUCAUCGAGCUCGUCAACUGGAAGCGAUCCCGCUACCCCGCCCCCCCCUCCUCACGAGCAAGAAAGGUCGGCCGCCCUGUCUUCGCCGGGAGCCGCGCCAUCGCCCCUGGCGAACCUGCAAUCGGAGCUUGACAUCGACAUGUUGACGUCCGGCGCCAUCUCAUCGUCCGGCGACACGGCCGAAUGUGAAGCGACGAACGGCGCCUGUCAAGUUGACAUCGGGUCUCGUUAUCGAGCGCAUGAGCAGUCCACUCCAUCAGGGCAGCCCCGGGCCGCGGUCGGAUUCGCCUUGUCCGCCACCGCGGGUGGUGCCCCGACAGCGUCGGGCGGAUAG